GCGAUGUGGGGCGGACUGGCCUCCCAGCAGCUGGUGGGCGCAUGCAGACACCUGGUGGCCGUGGGGGAGGCGGCGGCGGUGGUGGCCGGCGCGGCAGGAACAAGAUGGCGGCGCAACAGCAGGGUACUUCCACGCCAACACAACUGCACAGUAGGACUCCACACACAGUGUCUCAGAAGAGUUCAUUGUCUGCCCCACAUCAGAAGUCUCGUAUGGAAAAAAAAAUACUCAGUGAUUUUAUGCCUGAUGGUAAGUUUAAUCAAAAGAAUGACUCCCCCAGAAAGAGCCACAAGGUGGCUACUUCACAUAAUGUUGGGAAAAAGGCUGCUGAGGGAACAAAAUCAUCCAGACAUGCUGAGUUAAUAUUGCCAACCAAACAACUUGAAAGCGGCAGCACACUGCCUACAGCAAGAAAAGAGAAGCUGAAAAUAAAUGUUCCACAACCGACAAAUAGUAGCAACAGGUGUGGCAAAGACAAUAUUGGACAUACUGUACCUGAACUACUGGCUGAUAAAAGCACGAAAAGAUUGGAACAUUCCAGGGAAAGCUAUGCUCAAACUGUCAAAUUUCCAGUGCAAACAAGAACGCAGCCCGAGGAAUUAGACUUAAGAGCAUCAUCUGUAUUAGAACUCAGUGGAGAAAGGGACAUCCCAGAGCCAACUAGCCCUGCAUACUCGGACAAUGAUUGUAGUUUCAUGACAUAUUCCAGUGAUGGAAUAUCUGUCAUUAUAAGCAAUGGUGGCUGUGUAUUACAUGAUGAACCACAUUCAAUUGUGUCACAUACAGCCAAGUCAGAUCUGGAGAAAUUGGGAAGAGCAUUGUGUAUUGAAAUUCCAAAGCAAGACAAUGAAACUGAUGAUGGUGUGAAGUCAGUGAAAUCUAUAUCACCAGUGUACACACCAGGGAGUACUUGCCCAGAACUAACUUUUUCUGGAUCUCCUCCACUUCUCAACAGCUUGGACUCCAUUAGCCCUGUGGACUCAGCAUGGUCCUCAAGAACCUUGUCUCCAAUCAGCUAUGAAUGCAAUUCACCGGCUGUUCUCACCAAAACAGCCUCCACUGCUGCUACUUCUGGUAGUGUGGUCACUACUACUACUCCAACUACACCAAUUUGCAGGAAGAUCCCUUCCAGUAAUAGUACAAUCUCUCCAGCAAAUGCAGAUGACACUUGGCUGUGGCUUCCUGCUAUCAUUCCACCAUUGACGUUGUUGUUACGCUGGAUUUGGUUCCCAGCACCACCACCAAAUUUGCCGUGGAGGGAUCCAGUACUCAAAGAAAAUGAGAAGGCAGCACUAACUGCUCACUAUUAUUUGAGAGGGCCUCCACCAGAUCCUUCUAAUAUUCAGUGUAUAGAGGGUAGAUGGAAGAAGGAUCCAUACUGGAGAUGGAUUCCAUCAAAUGGGGACGUGAGUGAAGGUGGACAUUGGUAUGAGUUGCCAACACCACCAGAGCCAGCUCAGGGAGCUUGGUAUCUUGUUUGGCCUGCAGAGUUACCAAUGAGUAGUUCCCCUUUUAUUCCUGGUCAUGGCACAUGGCUAACAGGCACAUACUAUGCUAAGAACAAUUUGAUGCCUACAAUGCUAUUACCUCAAAAGAACUUACCACUCAUGUAUAUGUAACUGAAACUUUCCAAGACGAUGCAUUUCAAAAUUAACAUUGCCAUUGUGCAAUGUCCAGUUCAAAAGAUUUGUACAAAACUUAGUUACCUGUGUUGCACAGUGUGCUUCUCAGAGAAAGCUUCAUUCUUUGUUAUUCAGAGAAUUUUAUGAGCUACUGCUAAGGUUUUGUCCUUGUGUUUACCAUUUAACAUCACUAGUAAAUGGAAGUUAUGUAAUUGGGCAAUGUAUCAUUUAUAGCUGUGAGCUUGAAUCAUUGAAGCAGCAGGCAUUUGGAAUGGGUGUGGGAGUUUCUAUAUUGUAGUAAUAUUUUCUUCUGAUUGCUGAGCUAAAAAUACUCCACAAAAAUUGUGUGUUUGCUGUGUGUUUAAAGGCAUUGAUGUGCAUGAGUGAGACUGUUUAUGCACAAGUAUCCAGGUAAAGCAGAUUUAUGCUGGCAGUUUUCUGUUACCUCUUGUUAAGUGUUUACAGUUAACAUAUUUUAAAAUAAAUUGCCUUUAUACACCAAAAAUUUGUCAUGUAUUGAAAAUCUUAACAAAGUGGAGUUGUAGUAUAUUUCUCCUGAAUCCUUAGAAAAUGACAAUCUUGUCUGACAAAUGGUUGUCCUGUUAUGGAAUGCAACAAACUCAAAUAUUGCCUUGUGGUUAAUAAAGGAGUUGGACCAUUGCUUUAUACCCAUCAGUACUGGCAGCUGAUUAAAUUUACAAAAAAGAAAAAAAUCUUUGACUUGAAUUAAUCAGAUUUCAAAUGACUGCCUCAUUGUUGUGGGAAGUAAAUAGUAUUGCAAAACUAAUGUUGUAAACCUUUUUUUAAGUAAAGCUAUAUUGUUCAGUCAGUUCUUUGUCAAAGCAUUCACAAUGAGGUACUGGUUGGUUAGUUGAUUGAUUGGUUGGUUGGGAAACUUGAUGUUUAACUUAAAGUAAGGUUAAAGAUGGGUGUUGUGGUUCAACAUGCUUAGUCCACUGCUCUCAGAUUUUAUUUAUAGAGUCAAUUGCAAAAUUAGUUGAUGUAAUUAAGAUUAUUAUGAAAACUUGAAAAUUGUUUACAAAUGAAGGUAUGAAUGUGAAACUCCAGUGACCCUGACUAGAUUACUGUGUGUUGGUUUCAGUAUUGUUAGUGUUACUGUAUAUUAGUACAUAUUUUAUGAAAUGUGUAGAUUCAUGUAGUGAUAGAAUUUCAUCCUUGCUAUGCAAUCAAAGCUAUUGUUAAAAUUCAUACUUCAUUUUGUUAAUGGGAAACAUACAGUUACAAAAAAUUGAGGAAGAGGAAUGAAAUUGGUAUACUUGCAUAAGUAUCAGCCUGCAAAAAGCAAAAAGUGCUGCAUGUUAACUGAACAUAUAAAAGUAUAAUCCACUGUAACUGGUAAGUUCAUAUAAGCAGGAAAUCGUGCAACUCUACAGAAAUAACAUACUAAAGAAUGUUAAGCAUAUGGAGCUGUCAAAGAAGAUUAUGAUGUUUCAAAAACUUAAAUUUCGUUUUUCACUGAGUAAAUGAGCCAGCAAACAGUGUAUAAACUUUAAACAGAUUUAAGGCUGUACUGUGGAAUUGUUUUAAAUUUCAAAACUGUUCCAGAAAACCUUUUCUUAAAGACAACACAUUCCAGAUUUUCAACACUAACAUUAGUAAGUGGAAUACCAUAUGUAGAAACAAAAUAUUAAACUAGGCAAAUACUUUUGUCAAUUCUGGAGACAGUACAUGUCACAAAAUAUAAUAGGUGUUCCCAAUAUAGUAUGCUGUACUGUGAUUAUAAUGGUAGAGGUGUGUGUGUGUGUGUGUGUGUGUGUGUGUGUGUGUGUGUGUGUGUGUUGUAAAAAAAAAUAAUGUAAAUAAUGUACUAUUUUGGCAUUGUAAAUUUUGUGAUGAAAAAUCUGUAAAUAGUUUGUGAUAUGUUUUUACAGAAUAGUAAGUGUAUAGUAAAUGUAAGAUGCAUAAAUUAUUUAUGAUGGCAUGUUUUGUGCAAUUUCUGAAAUGUGAAUCAUA